AUGAAUAAUAAUAAUAAUAAUCAUAAUAAUAACAAUAAUAAUACUGAUAAUGAUCAGUCCAAUUCUUUUCAACUGCCAUCGCUACCUCCAUGGAAGUCACCUCGAUUUAAGACUAAGAGAGAAAUACAUUUAACUACACCAUUACGAAGGCCAACAAGAGUAUAUCCCGAGAAUAAUGGAGAUAGUAGGAGAAUAUCAUUAUCAGGACCACAGUUUGAGAUUUCAAAUGUGCUUAUGGCAAGAGGCCAAUCUAAGGAUAAGCUAGAAGAGCUCCAUAAAUUUGGCUUAUCAGAAGAGUAUGACGAAUACGAUUGUUAUUCUUUAACCAACAAGACUCUAGUUAGAGAAAGCAAAAUACAAAACUUUUUACAAUCUGAAAGAGCUGUUCAUUGUUUGGUAUUUCAUAAAGAUGCACAUAUCAAUCAGAUGGAUUCAUACAGACCAGAUAUUAACUACAAUUGCGGCGAUGGGGAUGAAUUAGAUAGCAAGGAAGUUAGAGAGGAUUCAUCACUACUGAUAAAUGUACCAGGAUAUACCAAUGAGGAACUGACUGAACAAAUAAGUCGAGGUCAAUUCAUUGAACGACCAAACAUAAGAAGGAUAGACGAAAUUCUAAAUCAUGAAGUAAAUGAUUUAACUAAAUUCUGGAAUAAUUCGACAUUAGCACAUUCAUUCGAAAGAAAUACAUUGCAUGAACAAUACUUGAUACUUCAACGGGAGCAGAAGGAAUUGGCCAAGAUUAAGGAAUCAAUGAGAAGAGACUCAAGAAACUAUAACAAAAACCUAAAGUUCAGCUUUAACUUCGAACAAUCAACGCAUUUUUGA